AUGAAAAGCUCUACAACAUCUGAAACAAUUAAAUCCAAAAUGUUCACAUUCAUCAGUUGUUCAACAAAUACCAUCGUCAACCCACCAUCAAUAAUACUAAAUAAUACUACACAUGCUGAUGCAACAGCAGCCGUACCAAUACAACCAUCAUCAUCACGAACAACAACAUCAACAGAAACUGAUCAUUGUAAUUAUCUUGAUAAAACAUUCAGUUUAUGGUGUAAAAGAAAUAAAUAUUUAUCAAAAUUAGAUGAUCCCAAUUAA